AUGGCUUCUUCGAGGAGGGCGGCGAAUCAGACGGCGGAUGAGGAAAAUUCCGAUUCCGUCCCCGGUUGGGGGAAAGUGGUCUACGAGGCGAUUCUGGAUUGGAACACGGUGGUGGUGUUGGCGAAAGGGUUGAAUCUGAAGCCGCGAAGGGAAGUCGAUCCGGCCGAAUUCAGGUGCCAUUUCUCGCUGAGCAACAAUUUGACCAGAGAGGAGAGCUUCGUCUUCACCACCGAAGCCACCGUCGCGGCUCAGGAAGUGGUCCGCUGCUUGCAUCCGGAAAAACAACACCGCGCUUGCCGAAGGAAUCCGCGUCACCGUCAGCCGCGUCGAAGACUCUGCCGCCUCCCCUGCCUCGGCCUCCCCUGCAGCUCUGCCAUCGGUGGCGAAAGUGUACAACCCGAAAUCCCACGGAAUGAGAGGGAAAUGGGAAGAGAAGUACGAGCUCUGCGCUUGCACGAUGCUGUGGAAUCAAGCGUCGGUUUUGAAGGAAUGGGUGAUGUACCACUCGUGGCUGGGAGUGGAGCGAUGGUUCAUCUACGGCAACAACAGCGACGACGGGCUACAAGACGUCGCCGACGAGCUCAACACGCGGAAUCACAAUGUCUCCAGGCACGUCUGGCGUGGAUCAAAGCGCAGGAGGCAGGGUUCUCGCAUUGUGCUCUGAGAGCAAAGUACGAGUGCAAGUGGGUCGGCUUCUUCGACGUCGAUGAGUUCUUCUACUUCCCUCACUACAGUGGCCAAACCCCCUUGCCAGGGCAGAACUCGCUCCGCGCCAUGGUCUCGAACUACACCGAUUCGCCCACGAUCGCGGAGGUGAGGACAAUGUGCCACAGCUUCGGUCCAUCGGGGCUGACAGAACCGCCGAAGCAAGGUGUGACGGUAGGUUACACAUGCAGGCUGCAGGCUCCUGAAAGGCACAAGUCCUUCGUCCGACCGGACCUUCUCGACAUGACGCUGCUGAACAUUGUGCAUCACUUCAAGCUGAGGGAAGGAUACAAGUCGACGAACGUGGCGGAGGGGACGGAGGUGAUCAACCACUACAAGUACCAGGUGUGGGACACUUUCAAGGCCAAGUUUUUCAGGAGGGUUUCGACCUAUGUGACCAACUGGCAGGACGAUCACAUGUAUUUGUGUUGA